AUGGAGCAAGUCACGGCCGCCGCGAAGAACGCUAGGAGUAAAAGGCCGCCGAGGGAGGCGAAUACAGCGAUGAUGAUGGCGUCGUGUGGGCUCCGUGGAUUGGUUUCGGGUGGUGGCAGUCUCAGUGGUGGAGGACUGAUAGGCGUAGCUGGCACUCUUGGUGGGGGCGGAGGUGGGGGUGGCGGCUCUUGCUCCGGAGGCGGAGGUGGGGGUGGUGGCUCUUGCUCCGGAGGCGGGGUGGCGGAGGUGGGGGUGGCGAAGGUGGGCUUGGCGGUGACGGGGGUGGCGGAGGUGGCACUUGUUCAGGAGGUGGGGGUGGCGGCGUUUGGCCCGGAGGUGGGAUUGGCGUCUCUUUCCCCGGAUUUGGAAGUGGCAACACUGGAACCGGAAGUGGUUGUGGCAGCGUUGGCACCGGAAGUGGGAUUGGUAGCACUUUUCCCGGACUUGAGGGUGGCGGCGCUUGCUUCGGUGGUGAGGGCGGUGGCACUUGCUCCGGAGGUGGGGUUGGUGGUGCUUGCUCCGGAGGUGGGGCUGAGGGCACUUGGCCCGGAGGUGGGGCUGGCGGCGCUUGCUUCAGAGGUGGAGCUGGCGGGGGGUUCGCAUGAGUUGGCGGCUUCGACACGUUUGGAGGUUGUGGCUUAA